CAGCGGCCGCGUUUUGUUGAGCCGCGCUUAACCUAAGAGCAUCCAGACCGCAACAUCCCACCACACUUUUGUAUGGAGGACCUGCUUUCGCGGCUCUUGCUGCAGGGAAGCCGGUAGAUAAACCUGUUGUGUUCACAGGGGUUGUUGGGCUACUGUUUACUGUUCGCCCAGAGCGACGCCACUACGUAAAGAUGAACUACAGAACUUGUAGCUGGCUGGCUCCUUCAAAUAGGGCGGCAUCCGCGUUUUCCAGAGCUGGACAUUGAGGACUCUUCUAAAUCAUUGAAGUGAAAUCGUCUUGUAUACAACAUGGGUUCCGACGAACAGCAACCAACACCGGACAACUACACCCUCUUCCAGGGGUUCGAAUGGAAUGUCCCUGCUGACCAGAAGCACUGGAAACGCCUCAUUGCCGAGGUUCCCAAGCUAAAGGCAGUGGGCGUCGACAACAUUUGGCUUCCUCCGGGCUGCAAGGCUGCCUCCCCGGAAGGAAACGGCUACGACAUCUACGACUUGUAUGACCUUGGCGAGUUCGACCAGAAGGGUGGAAAGAGCACAAAAUGGGGCCCCAAAGAAGAUUUGCUUGAGCUUAGCAAGGUCGCGAAAGAGAAUGGAAUCGGGUUGUUCUGGGAUGCUGUUCUGAACCACAAGGCCGGAGCAGACAAUACCGAGAAAUGCCGCGUGGUUGAAGUCGACAACAACGACCGCACCAAGGAUGCGUCAGAGCCAUACGAGAUCGAAGGUUGGCUAGGAUUCGACUUCCCCGGCCGAGGUGACAAAUACUCUUCUCAGAAGUACCACUGGGAGCACUUCAGUGGCACAGACUACAACCAAGCCAACGAGAAGAAAGCCGUAUACAAGAUUCUCGGCGAUAACAAGGGCUGGAGCGCAUCAGUCGAUUCAGAAGGCGGCAACGCCGACUACAUGAUGUUUGCCGAUAUCGACUACUCGCACCCCGAAGUCCAAGCCGACGUGAAGAACUGGGGCGUAUGGAUUACCAAAGAAGUUGGGCUCAAGGGCUUCCGUCUGGACGCAGUGCAGCACUUCUCAGAGCGCUUCACCAACGAAUGGGUCGACAACCUGCGCGACGAGUGCGGCAACGACAUCUUCAUCGUCGGCGAAUUCUGGUCCGGCGACGCACAGCUCAUGUGCGACUGGCUGGAGGAUAUGCACCACAAGUUCUCCCUCUACGACUCGCCGCUGCUUAACAACUUCUCGCAGCUGUCCAAGACGCCCGAUGCCGAUCUCAGGAAGGUCUUUGAUAACACCCUCGUUGCGCUGAACCCUACCAGCGCCGUUACCGUCGUUACGAACCACGACACGCAGCCCGGCCAGACCGUCGAGACGCCUGUCGAGGGCUUCUUCAAGCCCCUGGCGUACUCGCUCAUUCUGCUCAGGCAGGAGGGCUACCCAUGCCCCUUCUACGGCGAUCUGUACGGGUUGCAGGGCGAGCACGCCGCGGACCCGUCGUGCGGCGGGAAACUCGCGGAUCUGGUGCUCGCGCGCAAGCUGUACGCAUACGGCGCGCAGGAGGAGUAUCGCGACGAGGCAAACUGCAUUGGCUUUGUUCGUCGCGGGACGUGGGAUAGGAAGGCUGGGCUGGCGUGUGUAAUGAGCAAUGCGGGGCCGGGUCAGAUCAGGAUGGCGGUUGGCGAGAUGCAUGCUGGAGAGAAGUGGACAGACAUUCUGGGUUGGGAGCAGGGCGAGGUCGAAAUCGAUCAGGAGGGUUAUGGGCUGUUCAAGUGCCCCGGCACGAGCGUUGCGGUGUGGGUGCGUGCUGAUGCGGAGGGCAGGGAGAGGUUCCCAACGAACUUUGAUGCUGAUAUUUACAGCAAGGCUUAGAUGUAUUAACUAGACGGGCGAUUAGAUAUAUACCCUAAGAUAAUAGACUUUUCUUCACCAAUUUAACGAUACUUACAGCUAUCACAAUACUCAAAGCUAAAUUCUAAUUG